AUGUCACUGUCUCGUUCCUUGUCCAUGACAUCUCUGAGCGGGGUGCUGCCGGCCUGGGAGGACGAUGAGCUGCCUGUGGAGGACCUGCUGCUCUUUGAAGUGGCCUGGGAGGUCACAAACAAAGUUGGAGGAAUCUACACAGUGAUUCAGACCAAGGCUAAGAUCACAGCAGAUGAAUGGGGGGACAACUAUUACAUGAUGGGCCCCUACUUCGAACACAACUUCAAGACCCAGGUGGAGAGCUGUGAGCCACUGAACCCCGCCAUCAGGAAGGCCAUGGAUGCUCUCAUCCACAACGGCUGCCAGGUUUAUUUUGGGCGCUGGCUUAUCGAGGGCAGCCCCAAUGUGAUCCUGUUCGACAUCGGAUCUGCUGCCUGGAACUUGGAUCGCUGGAAGGGGGACCUGUGGCAGACCUGCCAAAUCGGCCUGCCCUACCAUGACAGAGAGGCCAAUGACUCGCUCAUCCUGGGCUCCCUUAUUGCCUGGUUCUUCAAAGAGCUAACAGACCACCUUGGUGACAAGCCCAAUGUCAUUGGUCAUUUCCAUGAGUGGCAGGCAGGAUCUGGGCUUAUUCUGUCUCGGGCCCACAAGAUAGCAACAGUAUUCACUACUCAUGCCACCCUGCUGGGACGAUAUAUCUGUGCUGGGAAUGCUGACUUUUACAACAACCUAGACAAGUUCAACAUUGACCAGGAGGCAGGUGACAGACAGAUAUACCAUCGCUACUGUCUGGAGAGAGCAGCAGUUCACUGUGCCCAUGUCUUCACCACAGUCUCCCAGAUCACUGCGGUGGAGGCCAACCACAUGGUGCACAGGAAGCCAGAUAUAGUGACUCCAAAUGGGCUAAAUGUGAAGAAGUUCUCAGCCAUGCAUGAGUUUCAGAACCUGCACUCCAUUAACAAGACCCGCAUCCAGGAAUUUGUCAGAGGACACUUUUAUGGUCAUCUGGACUUCAACCUGGAUAAAACCCUCUUCUUCUUCAUCGCUGGACGCUAUGAGUUCUCCAAUAAGGGAGCUGAUAUUUUUCUGGAAUCACUGUCCAGACUCAACUACCUGCUGCGGGUCCACAGGAAUGAUGUAACAGUGGUAGCUUUCUUCAUCAUGCCAGCCAAAACAAACAACUUCAAUGUGGAGUCACUGAAGGGACAGGCGGUACGCAAACAGCUCUGGGAUACAGCUCACACUGUGAAGGAGAAGUUUGGAAAAAAACUGUAUGAUGCUCUAUUAAAAGGUCAGAUCCCUGAUAUGAACUCCAUUCUUGACAGAGAUGACUUCACCAUAAUGAAGAGAGCCAUCUAUGCUACUCAGAGACACAGCCUCCCUCCAGUAACCACUCACAACAUGCUGGAUGACCCAUCAGAUCCCAUCCUGUCCACUGUCAGACGCAUCGGCCUCUUCAACUCCAGGGAUGAUCGCGUCAAGAUCAUCUUCCACCCUGAGUUCCUGUCCUCCACCAGUCCCCUGCUGCCAAUGGACUAUGAGGACUUUGUUCGUGGCUGUAACCUUGGAGUGUUCCCCUCCUAUUAUGAACCAUGGGGAUACACACCUGGUGAAUGUACCGUAAUGGGCAUUCCUAGUGUGACAACCAACCUGUCAGGUUUUGGCUGCUUCAUGGAGGAACACAUCUCAGACCCCGCUGCCUAUGGUAUCUACAUUGUGGACCGGCGGUUCCGUUCCGCUGAAGAGUCCUGUAACCAGCUGACCCAGUUCAUGUUUAGUUUCUGCCAGCAGUCUCGCCGUCAGCGCAUCAUCCAGCGCAAUCGAACUGAGAGGCUGUCUGACCUGCUGGACUGGAGAUACCUGGGACGGUUCUACAUACAUGCCCGUCAUCUGGCACUUAGUAGAGCCUUCCCGGACAAGUUCAAGAUGGACCCCAUGGCAACUCUGAAGACACAGGGUUUCCGUUAUCCCCGGCCCUACUCUGUGCCCCCCUCCCCCUCAGCUUCCCUCCACUCUACCCCGCAUCACAGUGAUGUGGAGGACGAUGAUGAUGAUGAUGAGCCCUAUGAUGAAGAUGAGGAGGCUGAGAGGGACCGGCUGAACAUCAAGGCUCCCUUUGUGUUGGGUGAUGUGCCAGAGGGAAAGAAGAAGCAACGGGGAGAAUCAAAAAACUGAGAUUAACACAGGUUUAGCCAGUGCUUCUGCUGGGUGUGAAUGAAAUGAUCACAAUCUGAUUACCAGAUAUACUGCACAUUAGUGAGGGACCACACAUGUCGCUGCUGCAAUAAACAUUAAGUUUUCCACUACCAUUACCUACUGUACUUCCACUUCUGCUGCCACCAGGUCACAUUAAAGAUCGUAACUCCAUAAUCUGGAAACAAAGUUUGUGGGUUUGAAGC